UUUUUGGGUAGAAACUGAAUGUGUUAGUACUUGCAAUAAAGAGUGGUUGUUUUUAAUUGCUGGUGUUGCUGAUUGCUGCUAUUUAUACAUCUGUAAUAGAUAUGGAUUCGCACUCGUUUUCAACACUUUUUGAUGGGGAUUAUGAUGACAUACUGAACAACGUUGCCGAUUAUGUUAAUUAUGGUAAUUCUUCUGUAAACGAUGGAGAUUGCAGUGGUAAUUAUAGUUCUGAUACUGAUGACGACGAUGAUGAUAAUGAUGAUUCAGAUGAAGAAGGUGAGUUGUUUUGGGAAAGGGAGUUCGAUAAUCAGAAAUUGAUUUUAUGCACAGCAGGUGCCAUAGUGUUAUAUUAUAAUACUUAUAUAUAUAAGGAGCCUUGUAUGGAUUCGUACAACACUGGAAUGCAAUGGUUGACAGAAAUAUUACAUGGACAUUGGAUGCGUUGUGUAAACAUGUUUAGGAUGGAUGCGACAACAUUUCAGAGUUUGUGCUUUAUACUUGAAAACCAAUAUGGGUUAAAGGCAUCUAGACGAAUGUGUGUUUUUGAAAAAGUUGGGAUAUUUCUUUAUACAAUAGCUUUGGGUGCUUCCAACAGGGAAGUUCAGGAGCGAUUCCAACAUUCAGGAGAAACAAUUAGUAGGUACUUUAAUGAGGUUCUUAGAUCAGUUUGUUCGCUCGCUAUAGAUUUAAUUCAACCUGCAGAUCCCGGGUUCGUAAACACACCAAGGGAAAUUAUGAACAAUCCGAGGUAUAUGCCACAUUUCAAGAAUUGUGUUGGAGCUAUUGACGGUACACAUGUUCGUGCAUGCGUUUCUUUUGAAAAGCAAAUCCCAUUUAUCGGCCGAAAAGGUGUGCCGACCCAGAAUGUUAUGGCUGCAUGUAGCUUUGACAUGCAAUUCACAUUUGUUUGGGCGGGUUGGGAAGGAAGUGCACAUGAUACACGAAUUUUUCUCGAGGCAAUUGACAAUCCACGUAUAAAAUUUCCUAAGCUACCGGAAGGGAAAUACUACUUGGUUGAUUCAGGAUAUCCUAAUAAAUAUGGAUUUUUAGGUCCAUAUAGAGGUCAGAGAUAUCAUUUGCAGGAAUUUAGGAGGAGAGGACAACCACAAACUCGUGAAGAAAUUUUCAACCGUAUGCACUCUUCAUUACGUUGUGUGAUAGAACGAACAUUUGGAGUUUGGAAAAAAAGAUGGCGAAUCCUACAAAAUAUGCUAUCCUAUAAUUACAAGACACAAGUUCAAAUUGUUGUCGCAUCCAUGGCAAUUCAUAAUUACAUUAGAAGAACUUCAAUGCAAGAUGUGGCAUUUAUGGAGUUCGAUCGCCAUCCUGAUUUUGUGCCCGAUGAUUUUCUAAUUGAUGUAGCUCCAUAUUCACAGAGCCAAAAACACCAAAGGCCUUCGCGAAUGGAUUACAUACGUGAUGGGGUUGCUGUAAGUUUGAUGACACAAUUAUAAAUUAUUGCUCUAAUAUGUUUAGGUCUAUUUGCAAACAUUUAUUGGUUGUAAUGUAACUUCAUUAAUAUUAUGCAUUAAGUCCUUUUAAGUAA